GGUUCGGCAUUCAGUUGAACAGCAAACUUCGCAGCGGACGGUUCGCAGUUUCGAUUGCGCUUCCCCAUUUUCUACAACAAUUUUAGCAAACUUCUCUCACACUCAUACACACACACAGACACACAGAGUCGGCUAGCGAGUGCACACACACAGACAGCGUAUAUCAAACAGUAAAUGUGUUCGUGUGCGUGUUGAGUGUUGAGUGUGUGCGUGUAUUUCUCGACAUUGUCGACGUUCUCCUCAAACCAAACAGUAAAAAGCAAAAAAAGAGAGAAGAAGAAGCAGCAGCAGCAGCAAAAGCAAGUGCAAACAUGGCCGAAAAUUGCCCAAAAUGCAAAAAAUCAAUCAACUCGAAGGAUGCAAUCAUCAUCUGCAAUUCCGAUGACUGCCUGAAGAAGUUCCAUCGCACGUGCGUCAAUAUUGACGAUGCGAUGUACGAUUUAAUACAAAAGAAUCCGAUGAUAUCGUUCAACUGUGAUGAGUGCAGAAAUCAAUCGUCGAAGGCACUGUCCGCCAAGCUGCACACCAUCGAGGAGAAGGUGAACAAGGUGUGCAACGGCGUCAAUCAGAUCCAGGGACGCAUGUACCAGCAAUAUUUUCAAUUUGGCAAUCAGCCCGUCAACAAUCUCGAUGGCAAAAAACAUCCGCAGCAGAACAAUCUGAUUGUCGUUGGCAACAAUUGCAACUCGGAUCGAUUGCAGGUCGUCUGCGACUACGGUCGUUGGGUGCAGGUGGGCAAGUUUGCGACAAACACCAGCGAGGAUGACAUUAUCGAGCACCUUGCGGAGGAGCUGAAAAUCAAUAAGAAUCUGGUGAAGUGCACCAAACUGGUGAAGAACGAUGCCAAUCUAUCGCAAUUGUCAUAUUGCAAAUUCAAAAUAUCCAUACCGGACUAUCGUUUCAAUGAGCUAUUCAACGAGGCUAUUUGGCCGAGUGGUGUUAUGGUUAGCCCCUUCACGCCACGCUCUCAGUUGAAUCAGAACCGCAUAUAAAACGAGAGGCGAGAGCGGCAGCCGGCGAGAGCGAGACAGAGCGAGUAUGAGAACGCGCCUGCGCAUCACUAAGCAAUAUGGUGGCGCUAGGCACUCAGAGAGAAUGACAGCCAGUGCGAGAGGGAGAGAGAGAGUGAGGAUGGGGGUCGCUUGCCGGUCGUAUGGCAACAACAACAACAACAGUUAUUCAUUCGAUAAUGUUUUUUGCCGGUUUGGCUCACAAUUGUAUGCAAACAUUUUUGGACAACUCGACUUGGACUUUGUCUAACAACUUUCAAAGCUUACACUUAAUUAAAGAAAACCAAAAUACUUAACGAA